GAAGGAGGGAGCGUGUUGAUGGACGCCAUGGGGACUGCAGCGGGACAGUUCGUGGGGCUGUGUAACCGGGAGUCAUCCUGCCACGGGCACGGUGGUUCCAGCGAGGUGCUGCAGGAAAGGGAUCCACAUGGCCCUGCCAGCCCUCCUUGUUCGGGGCAGAAUGAACGGGUUGCUAGCAUUCGAGCCGCGUCCUGGCCCUUGCUGUUUCCUCUGGAGGAAGAUGAGCACAGCAGAGGAGGAACUUCACCGGUCAAGGGGGCUUGCACAGGGACAGCAUGUUUCAGUGUUUUAGCAGAAAGGCAAUGGCAUUGGUUGGAAACUUAAUCUGCUGUUGUAUUGCUGGUCCAGAGCUGAGUAUUCUCCGCAAAGCUCCUGACAGAGAGAGACGAGAAACUCCGAAGGAGAAGGGAGUGAGAGUGAGCGAGUCAGCCGGCAGCCCGAAUCCCGGCAGCCCGAAUCCCCUCCCUCCCCUUGACUCGGGAUGUCCGGCAGCGUGGGGACGGUGACCUGGACCCUGUUCCUUCUCCUCCUCCUCGCACCUGGCUGGGUAGAACCGCAGGCCUGCACGUACCCAUGCCAGUGUCCCUCGCAGCCUCUGCAGUGCCCUGCUGGCACCAGCCACGUGUUGGAUGCCUGCGGUUGCUGCAAGGUGUGUGCCAGGCAGCUUGGCGAGCUCUGUUCCCUUCAGAAGCCCUGUGAUCAUCACAAGGGACUCUACUGCGACUUCUCCAAAAUCCACAGAGGCAGCGGGAUCUGCUUAGCUCACGAGGGUGCGACGUGUGACCUGCUGGGCAAGAUCUACCACAACGGGGAGAGCUUCCAGCCCACCUGCAAGCUGCAGUGCAUCUGCAUGGACGGGGCCAUCGGUUGCAUCCCCCUGUGCUCUGACGACCUGCGGCUGCCGUCCCCCGAGUGCCCCAACCCGCGGCGGGUGAAGUUUCGCAACAAAUGCUGCGAGGAGUGGAUCUGCGAGGAGGGCAGCGAGGAAAACCGCUUCGAAACAGCCAUGGCAGUUUUCAGGGAGGAUCCAGCACGCAAGCCGGAGCUGAACAAUGUGCAGGAGAACUGCUUGGUGCAGACCACCGAGUGGAGCGCCUGCUCCAAGAGCUGCGGCAUGGGCAUCUCUGCGCGGGUCACCAACAACAACCCCCAGUGCCGCCUGGAGAAGGAGACCCGGCUCUGCAUGGUCCGGCCCUGCGACUUCCCCACGGAGAAGACCAAGAAGGGGAAGAAGUGCGUGCGGACCCCGAAGCCACGCCAGAGCCUCCACUUCGAGUUUUCGGGCUGCACCAGCACCCGUUCCUACCGGCCCAAGUUCUGCGGCAGCUGCACGGACGGCCGCUGCUGCACCCCGUACGUCACCAGCACCGUGGAGGUGGAGUUCCGCUGCCCCGAGGGGGACUUCUUCCAGAGGAAGAUGAUGUUCAUCAAGAUGUGCUCCUGCCACUACGACUGCCCCCGAGACAACGACAUCUUCCUGGCCACGUACCACCGGAGGAUGAUCGGAGACCACGUCAAGACGGAGCGGCAGUAGCCCCCUGCGUGCCAGAUCCACGGGCCGAGGUGUCAGGGGGGCUCUGCAUUGCUUUUGUGGCUGUGUCCCGGGACAUCGCAGCCUCUUCCCCCUCUGUGAGGGGCUGUGCUCUUCACGGCAGCGCCGUUCGCCACCAGUGGUCCCGGUGGCCGUGCUGACAAGCCAAGGUGCCUGGGGGAACAGCCCCUCCUGUCCCAGGCUGCUGACCUGCAGCCCGUGGUUGCCCAAAGGUCAGCGAGGGAACUGGAAACAGGCUCGAGCUGCAAACUUGAUCCAUGUUCCCAUAGACGAGACGGGAGAGCGGAUCAAAGCCGCAUGGCUCCAGCCUGUCUCCAGCUGAGAGCACGCUGGGUACAGUUCCCCGUGGCCGCUGGCCUGCCAAAACCGUGGCAAACCCAGAGAAUGAGACGGGGGAAGUCCGGGAGGCCUGAGCUAGCGCAGGGCUCUGCAGCCUCUUUUCCAGCAGAGCGGGGCUCUGGUGGGUGCGGAUGCGAAGCGUCUUGGUGAGGAAAGUGGUCCUGGCCCCCUGCUGAGCUCCUGCUGAGCCUUUCAUUUAUUUUUGGCUAAUUGGACCCAACAAGUUGGCAACAUCUCUCCCCCAUCCCUCUGCCCACCUUUCCCCCUGCCACCUGCUUUCCCACCGGCAGCUUUGUUCCAGACCAGUUUGCUCCCGGAGAGGCCGGAUCCUCCACUGGGUGGCUUGUCCUACAGGCAGCUCCAGGCUCUUUUUUUUUUCCUAUUCAAUUCCUUUUAGCCUCAUGUGCCCGUGAGGAUGACAGCAAAGAGGCAGAAGGGAGCAGUGAGCUGUGCAGUGUCCUUGCAGGAGCCCCGGUGUGGCUCGCGGC